UGCCGCUGGGGCUGCCCGUGGUGGCGCGCCGUGCCGACGGCUCCCGCGCCGUCACGGCCGACACGGUGGCGCUCGCCGCUCCGGGCUGCCUCUUCAGCGACGAGCACGGACCCCUAGCACACAUCCACACCAUCGUGCUGGAGGCCGGGGCCGUAGCGGACGAACCGCUCGCCACGUGGCAUGAGGCCUACUUUGGCAGUCGGCCGCGGCCGUACGUGGCCACGGCGGAGGCCGUGGGAUCGCCUGCCGGGCCCAGCGGGGGUGGGCGCGGCCACGGGGGGCACAGCGGGCCACCGAGCCCGUCCUCGUCGUGGGAGGGGACCAGACGUGCCGGCAGAAGGCCCGCACCGACCAGGUGUGCAACGGGCCACUCAAGCCUGGGAGAGCUUACCUGUUCAAGUUUCGAGGCAUCAACAUCCUGGGGCAGUACACGGACUCGCUGUACUCUGAACGCAUCAGCACGCUGGGGGAUGGACUCUCCGGCAGUACCGUGGGGGUCGUCAUCGGGGUGACCCUCUUCGUCGCAUCCCUCAUCCUCCUCGUCCUCAUGGUCGUCUUCCUCACCAGGUUCCGGAGCAGGCAGAAGGAGGGGGGCGCCUACUCCCCACGCGACGCCGAGAUCUUGGACACGAAGCUCAAGCUGGACCAGCUGUUCAGCCUCUCGGAGCCGGAGACACGCGACGGCGCUCCCUCCCGCCUCUCCUCGUUCCUGUUCAAGCACCGUGACCCGUUCAGCGUUCAGCUGCUUAGUUACAGGAAGUCGGUCAAGCCGGUGCCGAAGAAGUCCUUCCUGCUGCACGUGGAGUCGCUGUGCGCCAACGGGAACCUCAAGUUCAUCGACGAGUUCACGGAACUGUCCAAGUACGGUCAGGAGCUGUCCACUUCGGACGCUGACCUGCCCUGGAACCAGAGCAAGAAUCGCUUUGCGGCCAUCAAGCCGUACAACGACAACCGCGUGAAGCUCAGCCCAGACGUUAGCGUGCCCGGGUCGGACUACAUCAACGCCAGCUACAUAUCGGGCUACCACUGCCCCAACGAGCUGGUGGCCACGCAGGGCCCGCUGGCCGGCACCGUGGGGGACUUCUGGCGCAUGGUGUGGGAGACGGGGGCCAGCGCCAUCGCCAUGCUCACCGCCUGCGUAGAGAGGGGACGGGGUGUGCGGCGGUGUUUGUGGUGUCCCUCCCUCCCUCUCUCCGCACCGGCAGUGCCCGAGGGCGCCGUCCGGGACCUGCGCUACGCCAACGUCACCGCGCGCUCGGUCAACGUCACGUGGUCGCCGCCGCUGCGGCCCAACGGGCGCCCGCACUACCGGGUGGCCCUGCUGGGCCCCUUCGUCGGCGGCGGCGGCGGCAACGGCACCGACGGCACCGACGGCACCGACGGCACCGGCGCCGCCGCGGCGCUGUCGGUGGGCGCCGGCGACGCCGCCGGCGGGCUGCUGCUGACGGGCCUCCGCAAGUACUCGCGCUACGCGCUGGAGGUACACGUCGGCACCGGGCAGGGCUACGCCGCCAACGGCAGCGGCGUGGCGCGGAUCGACAUCAUCACUGACGAGGACGCGCCGGACUCCCCGCCGGCGUCCCCGUCGGCACGGAGCGCCGGCCCCGGCUCGCUGGCGCUGUCGUGGGCUCCGCCGGCGCUGCCCAACGGAGUCGUGGUCGCCUACGAGAUCGAGGUCGUGGCCGCCGACGCCGCCGCCGCGCUGGCGACGGGCGCGCGGCGCAACCUCACCGUGGCCGGCGACGCCUUCGGCGCCACCGUGUCCGGCCUGGCGCCCUCCACCGCGUACAACGUGUCGCUGGCGGCACGCACCAGCCGGGGCGCGGGGCCCGCCGUGGUGUUCGGCGCUGUCACGCAAGAGGGAGCGCUAACUCUGCCCCCACACUCGCUGGCGCUCUGGAACGUCUCCUCGACGUCAGCCUGGCUACGCUGGGCCCCCUCGCCGGCGCCCAACGGCGCGGUGCUGCUCUACGGCGUCACCGUCACCGAGGACACCGGCGCCGCCCGGCAGAGCCGCGUCCUGAACACGACGGGAGCUGACCCCUGGGUGGAGCUCGUGGGCCUCCGGCCGUUCACCAACCACACGGUGAGCGUGGCGGCCUUCACGGCCGCGGGCAACGGAGGGCAGAGCAGCACCCCCCUUGCCUUCACCACCGCCAUGGCCGCCCCCGGCCCCGUGCUCAACCUGAGCUGCGCCGCGUCGAGCUGGCACGAGGUGUCCGCGUCGUGGUCGGCGCCGGCCGAGACCAACGGGCCUCUCUCCGGCUACCGCCUCUCGCUGGUGGCGGCGGCGGCGUCGGUGGAGCGGCUGGUGCCGCCGGCGGGGCUCUCGGCGCUGUGGGACCGGCUCCCUGCGGACACGGAGGUCCGCGUCACCGUCGCAGCCGACAACCCCGCCGGCCUGGGGAGCAACCGCAGCUGCGUGGCGCGCACGGCGGCCGAGCGAGUCCCCGGCGCCCCCUUGCCCCCGCAGCUGCUGGCGCUGGGCGCCACGUGGGCGGCGCUGAGCUGGCGCGCCCCGGCCCUGCUGCCGGGCCGGCUGACGCGCUACUCCGUGUCGUGGGAGCUGCGCCUGGCGGCUUGCGCCGGCUGGGAGCCCGCGGCGGCUUGCGCCGAGGCGGCCGGCGCCGACGACGCGCCGGCCGACCGCACGGAGCUGCGCAUGGACGGCCUGCGCCCGUACCGCUGGUACCGCUUCCGAGUGGCGGCCGCCACCGGCGCCGGCCUGGGCCCGGCGUCCGAGUGGAGCGCGGCGCGCACGGCCGUGGGAGCUCCCGGCACGGCGCCCGUGAACGUGACGGCGGUGGCCGUGGCCGCCGACACCAUCGUCGUGUCCUGGGGGGAGCCCCCCACGCUGGCGGGGCCAACCUACUACUUGGUGCAGGUGUCGGGCGGCGAGCGCAACCGCUCGGUGGACGUGCGGAACGAGACGCGCCGCUGGGCUCGCGUCGACGGCCUGGAGCCGGCCACGCGCUACGCCGUGUGGGUCGCGGCCUACACCGACACGCCGGCCGCGGGCCUCGCCGGGCCUCCCGUCUCCGUGCUCACGCCGCAGGCAGCCCCCGUGGAUGCCCCCACGCUGCUGGCGCCCGAGCUGCUGGCCGACUCGGUGACGCGCCUGCGGCUGGCGUUCUCGGCGCCGGCGCGGCCCAACGGCACGGCGCUGGCGUACCAGGUGUCGGUGCGGGAGGUGGGGGGCCCCGCGGCGGUGGAGUCGGCGGGGGGGGGCUCCUCCUCAUCGUCGUCGUCGUCCGCCGCCGUGGUGCAGAACGUGACGACGCUGGCGCAGAGCGACCGGCUGCAGGCGGAGGUGUUCGGCCUCAAGGGCGGGCGAAACUACAGUCUCGCGGUGCGUGCGGUGAACGGGGCGGGUCCUGGGCCCUGGUCCGGUGAGCGAGUGGUGAGCACGGGCAUCAUGGCCCCACCGGUGCCGCUGGGGCUGCCCGUGGUGGCGCGCCGUGCCGACGGCUCCCGCGCCGUCACGGCCGACACGGUGGCGCUCGCCGCUCCGGGCUGCCUCUUCAGCGACGAGCACGGACCCCUAGCACACAUCCACACCAUCGUGCUGGAGGCCGGGGUAGGGUCACGGGGGGUCACGGAGGCCGUAGCGGACGAACCGCUCGCCACGUGGCAUGAGGCCUACUUUGGCAGUCGGCCGCGGCCGUACGUGGCCACGGCGGAGGCCGUGGGGAUCGCCUGCCGGGCCCAGCGGGGGUGGGCGCGGCCACGGGGGGCACAGCGGGCCACCGAGCCCGUCCUCGUCGUGGGAGGGGACCAGACGUGCCGGCAGAAGGCCCGCACCGACCAGGUGUGCAACGGGCCACUCAAGCCUGGGAGAGCUUACCUGUGA